AUCGCGAGAAUGGAUUGCGUGAGCUUGAAGUCCCACCACAAGGGACCACAAUGGCUAGUAUGAGCGUGAGAAAACUUCCUCUGCGAAACAUUUUGAAACAUUCCUGCUUCUUAAGGCAAACUACAGCUCUUGGAUGGGUGACUAGAAAUCCACGUCAGUUUUCUGCUACAGCAGAACAGUCAACAGAAGCAUCUGAAGCAGAAAAACAGCUGCAGGAACAGAUAACAACUUUAACAAAAGAGAAUGAAACUUUAACAGAAAAAGUAGCUGACCUUCAGGAUAAAUAUCGGCGGACCUUAGCAGAUCGAGAAAAUGUACGACUUAGAUUAGAAAAACAGAUAGUGGAUGCAAAGCAGUAUGGUAUUCAGGGAUUUUGCAAAGAUCUCUUAGAGGUCUCAGAUGUGUUCCGAAAGGCAAUAGAAAGCGUUACAGAAGAGCAAGUACAAAAGGGAAGUCCUGAAUUGAAGAAUCUUUAUGAUGGCCUUGUGAUGACAGAGACCCAGUUGCUGUCUGUGUUCCGGCGACAUGGACUCGAACAGAUCAAUCCAGCAAUAGGCGAGAAAUUUGACCCAUCACAGCAGGAGGCCAUGUUUGAACUGCCUUUGCCCGACAAAGCACCUGGCACAGUUGCACACACUAUUCGCCUUGGGUGGACACUCCACUCAAGGUGUAUUAGGUCAGCUCAGGUCGGCGUGGUUAAAGACAACUGAUUACUUUUCUGACAGAGUAGAUUUUAAAGACUGUCAUCUAUAUCCAGUGAAGGUGUAAAAAAAAUGUUUGUCUUUGUAAUGGAAUGUACUACUGGUGGGUUUUCUUUUCUGUUAAGAAUUUAUCUGUUAUCAGUUUUGUAUCAGAUAUGCUAGCCUACCACAUGACUUCAGUGCGCAAAAUUUUUCUGAUCUUUUGGAAGAACCCUUGCCGCCAGUAAAUGUGAUAAAUUAAAACCUCAAUAUUGUUUGUAUGGUCAAUCACAUUUUCUGUGUUGGCAUAGCAUGUGUAUGAAUGAAAUUGACAGCAGAAAAUACAGAAUAUAUAAUUCAAUAUUGUUAACAUGUAUAUACAAGUAAAUUUAGAAAUGAAAA